AUGGAUCACAUAUCCACGGUAGGUGCUCCUCUUGACGACCGAGGCGGGGGAUCCGACCCAUCUCCACCUCCACCCCAGGCGCUGGAUCGAAUACUAGGAGAAUUUUCGUGUGCUAAUGCGCACGCGCAAAUACAGCUCUGUGCCCUCAGCACGCUAGGAAUCGCGCCGUCCGGACUCGCCCUCGGUCGCGUCGAACGAUCCAAGUCGGGCAUAUUCCGCCGCAAAACGUUCUCAUACCACCACCCAGCCACUCCUUCCGAACAACAUCAACACCAACAACAGCCAUCAUUCCCUACUACCUUCAUCCCAGUCCGGCCCAACACCUCACGAUCCAACCGACCCCUCACCGCGGGACCCGACUGGUCGAAUUUCGCAGCGCAGAUAUCCGAGAAGCUCGAGGGAGCUCCGCGAGAUGCGUUGCCCGGCCCAGACCUGCCCCGGGCGUCCAUGUCCUUCAGCGCGGCCCGGCGACGGCGCCGCGGGCAGACCAUGAGCAACCCCCCCGUACAAAUUCCCGAAGAAGCAUCCGCCGAAUCGUCCCUCACUCGUGAACCACACUCUCGUCGUCCCUCGACUAGUUGGCUGCGACGCUUGUCGUUGGCGUCCUUUCAAACCGAGACCCCCUCGACCACGAGUCCAGUCACGCCGUCUUUCAAUGGAUCGGCGAGUCCAAUCCUUCCUCGCCCGUCCAGUUCUCGCCGAGCGCCCAACAAGCUCGUGAAGCGCUCAACCUCACAACAUUCUAAUGCUCACCCCCUCUUCGUGAACACCGCUGUUUCACCGGUCUCGGCGCUUCGAAGACCGGCCACGAGCCACCAACGUUCCGAAUCACAGCGCUUACAAUCCCCGCUCGCGCUCGACUUUUCGACUCGAUUCCCGGUGGAUCUCCCCGUGGAAGACCUGGAUGCGGACGACUUUGCAGUGCAGGAGCAGGCCGACUGGAAGCCGUAUUUCCAUCCGCUGAGGGGGGUGCCAGACAGGGUCGCCCGGCGGUUAUCCACCUCGACAAGCCCCAGAUCCACGGGUGUCAGACGAAUUGCAUUUGAAGGCGAUGCGCUGCCCGCGUUAGUGCUGGCGUCCGCAAUCACAUCGGAAACGCCUACCUCGCACGAGGAUGAGUUGGCGACUACCACACCCGUGACGUUUCGCAAUCCGUUCGGGACAGAGUUGACCACUGUGGUCAGUCAUGCAGACGAUAUCAACACCUUUCCCCCGCCUGGGGGUGAUCAGGGCUCUCCGGCUCCUGCAUCUCGACAGGCGGGUCUUCCCGCCCAUCGGCCCCUCCCACAGCUUGAGAUACCCGCUCCAAAAGACUCGCCAUCUGUCAAGGAACUCGAGACCAGAAGAGUCGUUGUGAACACAGUGACUGCGUCCGGGACACCCAUUCCUGGCCGGGCCCGGGCCGGGUCUCUGAAACGGGUCAAGGGGAGGACCUUCUCGAUCCCUCCAGCGGAGCUGGCGAAGCUGCGCACCUUGGUUCCUAGUCCGCCCCAACCGCCCUCACGGCGCAACAUCACCGAUCCAUCGGUCUUUCGCCGGCCUUAUCCCCUCUCGCCGCCCCCGUUGGCAGUGCCCGUGUUUGGACGGGAUCCGCUCAUGACGCAACGAUCAGUCUCACAGGAUUACAAUGUGGGGAUGCGUGCGCAACGUUCUCUCACGUCGGAUGCGGUAGCCGUGUCGGCCUGGCAGCAUUCCGCCCGUCCAUCGGAUAGCUACACGUUCAACUCUCUCCGUCGUCUGGCAAACCGGCAUUCCAUCGCCGCGUCGGUGCCCUCCUCCACGGUCAUUGGGUCGGACGACACUCGCGUCUUUACUUCCAGUGAUGAAUGCGAGACCGACACCAUGACAGACUAUUGGGAUUCGAUCCGCACUCAUAGGACAAGCCGUGGCGGGCUCAAAGGGCUGCACAUCGAGUCCUUGUUUGACAAGGGCGGAACUCGGUUAACAAACGAGGAAGUUGCGACUCUCGAGGAUCUUCUACCUCGUGGCUCCUUUGCGUCACGACUGGAGCCCGUCAACCCUCUCUUUUCCAACUCCCUCGUGCCCGACGUCGCUCAAGUCCAUCUCAGCGACGACUCCUGGAUUUCCGAAGGCGGCACAGGAGAUGCAAGCAUGCUGGGAGCCCUUCCUGGUGAGCCCCAUGGACCCCCGUUGCAGCCACGACGCCAUGGCGCUCGAGGACUUUCCGGGCACAAUCCUUCUCACUCGAUGCUCGCCCAGCCAGAUCCUGGAUCUCCCGUUGCGGAGUCCUUUACGAGUCAGAAAAUGAACAUUUUCGACUGGUCUGAGCAGGCUCGCCUGGACCGUGAUUCCGCCGACACGGAAGCUCGCCCUCGGACGAUGCAAGGCAAGCAGAGCGCCAUCAACAGGGGUAGUCGCGCCGCCUGUCGCAAGGUCCCCUCCUCGAUCCAUCUCCGUAGCCAAAGUGUACCGGUAGCGAGAGAGCUUCCCGUCAGCGAAUCUCGUCAACCCUCUGGCAAGUUCGGUACUUGGGGCUUGGGCUCAAAGGGGGUGAGCGAGGACUGGGACAGUGAUUUUGAAUUUGAAGAUAGUGAAGAACCCACAACGAGUAAUGAUACCCAGAGCACCGAACCGGAGAUGGCGGUGCCGGGAAUGACGGUUCCCCAGGCGAUCUUGGAGCGGCAAGCGAGCCUUCGAGGUCAAUUCGGUCAAGUCCAAGAGCUCACGUUGCUUGUUGAGGAGCUGAAACGACUUCGCCAUCAAGCCAGCGUGUUGAAUGUCCUGUCCGGUCCGUCCAGUGAACUGUGGAAAGAGGCCGAAGGGAUCGUCAAUUUGGCUACGAUCGAUGACGAGGAUGAACAGCACUCGCCUCCGGGCUCGCCCUCAUCGCUCACAUUCAGCUUUGACGAUUCGGAAUACGACACGCACCGGAAUUCCUCCAAACGAACGAGUGACAAUUCCUGGCCGGAAGAUCCUCUACCCAUCAGCUCAGUCCAGCUGACCACAUCCAAGCCACGGAAUUCGAGUCAUGCGGACGACGACUCCUGGCAACUGCCUCCUCCACACGGAUCCCGAUCCGACAAUGCAACUCCAGCAUACUUAACGAAAAACUCCCCCCGAUCCAAAUCUGUUCUUGAUAUCCUCUCCCCCAGUCGUCGUACCGACGAUGGUCCUUUGGCUUUGUCUCCGCGCACCCAGAAGCUUCCUUUUGAUACCCAAUCUCUGCGUGAUCUGGUCAUCCGGGCUGGAGUUGUCACUCGCGCCUUGAAAGAAGUCAUCCGCAAGGCAGAAGGUGUCGAUCCCAGUCCCAGCGAUGACUUUCCCGCCGACCCUCCUUUCCGCCGGAUCUUUGAUCAACCUUCUCAUGACGACCUCGCCGAUUUUGAAAAUGCCCUGGCAGAGAUGCAAUAG